AUCCAAUCCGCUGGGACUGGACCGCCGCUCCGUCAGUCUCUCUGCCUGCUCCUGCUACUUAGCGCCCGGAGAUGCGAUGCCGUGCUGAGCAGGUGCGAGCAUCGUGAAGGACACGCAGACGGACGCAGGAGAAAGGAAAACCAGGGCGUUCCGCUCAUGUUUCAUCAACCAGGUUUCUAGCUGUGACCCCUCCAGGUGGUUCUCGCUUCAACACCAUGCUGCACCUCGCCCUGCUCCUUCAUCUCCUGGCCUUCUCGCUUGCAGAUUCAUCAGAGCAAGGGGCUGUGCUGGACCCUUCUGAAGCAGAUGAUGCCACAGGUUUUGGCCCGGUGUUUGAGGAGCAGCCGGUGGACACUAUCUACCCCGAGGAGGCGCCCGAGGCCAGAAUUGUCAUGACCUGCCAGGCGAGAGCUAAUCCACCUGCCACAUACAGAUGGAAGCUGAACAACACGGAUGUUGACCUGAGCAAACCUGGCAGCAGCUACAGUUUAUCGGGAGGCAACCUGAUUAUCAGCAACCCCGUUAGAUCGGAACACGUGGGGAAAUACUCCUGCUUGGCUACCAACAUGUACGGCACGGUCGUCAGCCAAGAGGCGUCUGUCCAGUUCGGAUAUCUCGACCUUUUUUCACCGGAGGAGAGGCAGGCAGUGCACGUCAAGGAGGGCCAGGGGGCCGUUCUGCUCUGCGCCCCCCCUCCACAUUAUCCAGGCGAGCUGUCGUUUCGAUGGAUCCUCAAUGAAUUCCCCACUUUCAUCCCACUGGACAAGCGGCACUUUGUCUCCCAGAUAACCGGCAACCUUUACAUCUCCAAGGUGGAAUCGUCAGACAGGGGCAACUAUUCCUGCUUCACGUCCAGCCCGUCCAUCUCCAAGAGCGUAUUUUCCAAAUUUAUUCCCCUCAAGCCUCUUGCGGAACGUUCCAUCAGAAAAUAUCCUGCUGACCUCAGUGUGAAGUUCCCGCACACCACUGCGUUGGUGGGUCAGGACAUCAUCUUGGAAUGCUUUGCACUGGGGAACCCCGUACCUGAGAUUCACUGGAGGAGGAAGGACAACAUUUUACCACAUAAUCACGAGGUGCGGAUGGCGGGUGCUCAGCUGUUCAUCCCAAACGUCCAAUUCAAUGGCAGCGGCGUCUAUAUUUGUGAAGCGGCUAAYGACAAGGGAAAGGACUCGCACCAUGCCAACGUAUCUGUGGAGGCACAUCCAGAGUGGGUGGAGCACAUUGUCAACACAGAGAAAGACCUGUACAGCAAAUACACCAUGUCUUGCAUUGCCAAAGGUGUUCCGAAACCUCAGAUCCGCUGGCUGAAAAAUGGAGAACUGCUUGACGGGACCCAGUUGAGAUUCGGCAGGCUGACAUCAGACGAUGCGGGAAUGUACCAGUGCAUAGCAGAGAAUCGCCACGGAGUCAUUUAUGCCAACGCAGAGCUAAGAGUGUUUUUUGGGGCUCCAAAGUUUACCCAUAACCAUGUGAGAAGAGUGCUGGCACCUAAAAAUGGCCGGGUGGUUAUUGAAUGCAAAGCCAAAGCCGCCCCGAAGCCCACCAUCACCUGGAGCAAAGACACAGAGCUGCUCUCCAACUCCUCCAGGAUGUUCAUCUGGGAUGACGGCAGCCUGGAGAUCCUUAACGUGACGCCCCAAGAUGAGGGAAGGUACACCUGUUUUGCCGAGAACGACUGGGGAAAGGCCAACAGCACGCGCCCUCUGGUGGUCACAGAGUCCACAAAGAUCACACUGGCUCCCUCGAACGCCGAUGUUCACAUUGGAGACAACAUCUGGAUGGGGUGUGCAGCGUCGCAUGACCCGAUGGUGGACAUCACCUUUGUCUGGUCCCUGAAUGGGCAAGAAAUUGAUCUGGACAAAGAYAACACGCAUUAUGAAAGCACCCUGAAUGGAAGCUCAAACGCUAAACUGCUCAUCAAAAAUGCUCAACUGAAACAUGCUGGACGCUACACCUGCACUGCAAAAACCAAUGUGGACAACACCUCYGCUUCAGCMCGCCUGGUUGUCAGGGGGCCCCCCGGUGCACCAGGCGGGGUGAGAAUAGUUGACAGAUCGGACAAGAGCGUCACGCUGCAGUGGAGCCGUGGAGCAGACAACCACAGCCCCAUCUCCAAAUACACCAUCCAGUACAGAGACGAGUUCUCGAAACACGUCUGGAAGAAUGCCACAACGUCUCCUGCUGAUGUUGAGGGGAAUUCAGAGACAGCCACAGUGGUGGAUUUAUUCCCUUGGACAGAAUAUGAGUUCAGGGUCACGGCCACCAACACUCUGGGGACAGGAGAGCCGAGCAGGCCGUCAAGCAAAGAGAAAACCCUGGAAUCAGUUCCUGUGGUGGCGCCCUCAGAUGUCGGCGGGGGCGGCGGGACCAGCAGAGAGCUGACCAUCACAUGGACGCCAGUGCAGCCACAGUACUAUUAUGGACCUAAUUUUGGCUACAUUGUGGCCUUUAAACCCCAUGAAGAGAAACAGUGGAACAGGGUGGCGGUGCCGGGCCCGGAGGCCAAGAACUAUGUUCAYAAAGACUCCAACCUCGCUCCGAUGACGCAGUUUGAGGUCAAAGUUAAAGCCUACAACAGACAGGGAGAGGGACCCUACAGCUUAACAACCAUCAUUUACUCCUCUCAGGAUGCUCCAUCUGAACCUCCGGCGAUUCUUGAAGCGAAAGCAAUUUCUGCCACAGCAGCGUCUGUGUCCUGGAUGCUUCUGUCAGAGAACAAUACUGAUGGAUACAAGGUGAACUACUGGAGACCUAAUGAAGACGGUGACGGYGGAAUGCUCUGGGUCGGAGUGUCGGGGAAGGAAAACCACACCCGGCUGGAGGGUCUGAGGCCCAGCUCUGAGUACAUGAUUGAGAUUCGAGGCUACAACUCUGGGGGAUACGGACCACCCAGCAACCGCGUCAAGAUCCACACCAAGAAACCCCCUCCGGAUCGACCUCCGAAAAUAUUAGAUGCAAAGAUAAAAGGCGGGUUUGUGAAUGUUGCCUGGGAACCAGUGGUACCGUUUUCUAAUGAAUCCCUAAUAGAAAGCUACAAGGUCCUGUACAAGGACAAAAGCUCRUCAAUAGGCAAGCUGUACUCAACAACUAAGCGCUCCAUUGAGCUUCUYCUGCAAACAGACGGGGAGUAUGUGGUGGAAGUCCGGGCGCACACGGAGGGAGGAGACGGCGCUGUGGCUCAAAUCAGCGUCCCCCCUGGAAACAGCCAGACCCGCGGUCGCACUCAGAACUACAGUGGAGCAGUCAUGUCCUCUUCAUCUCUCAGCAUCCUCCCAAUGCUCCUCGUGGCUCUCCUCCUUCUGAACCUCUGAAUGUAGCGCCAUCUUUGUCCUCUCAGAGUUGGGAUGAAGACUGGCUGUGAUUGCUAAAGGUUCGCACACCUGUAAAAGAUCCAAGACUCUUUCCACAAUAUUCUAAUCCAGAGUGUCACAUUCCAGCUAUGAGGAAGUGUUUGUGGAAAAUGGAAAUGGAUUAACAAUUGGAAAAUGGACAAAGAUUUUCCUUAUUUAUCCACUAAAGGCCUCUCUGAAGGAAUCUCAAAGGAGUUCUGUCAACUUAAAAUGCCUUACAUAAAUGAUUACUCUUGUCUUUCACAGUGAUUUGUUUCAAAAAUAGGUCAGGACCAAAAUUUUAAGUUCUAGAUUUGCGUAUGUUGUCUCUUCUGUAUUCUUUUCCCCCUUUGUUUCACAUCUCAAACCAGACUUUUCUGAUGUAAAAAUGCUGCGUUUCAUUUUCUUACCUCUUUUCAACUGUUUUGUUUUCAGUUCAUUUCCUUGCAAAAGGUCAACAACUAGCUGUGAAGGGCAAGUGUAUGCGUUUAUAAAAAUUAUAAACUGUCUUUUUUUUUUUCUCCUCAUGUUCAGUUCAGUGACUUUUUUUAAUAAUCACUGUCUUACAGCGAUACAGUCAAAGCAAUCUCAACCGCUUGCAUUGUGGAUUUUAUUCAGAGAAAGCACAAUUUAUUUCAUGCAGAAUUAAUAUAUUGGAUUAUUGAUAUUGUAUUGUUAGACUAAAUUUACCUUGCUGUAUUGAUAAAACACAAAGGUUAUAGCUUCUGAUUUAGAACAUAGCAUAAACUCUGGUAAUCCCAAUUCCAAAGAGUGAACAUUAUUGCUAUAGGUGGAAGUAAAAUAAAGAAAAAAUAAAAAAGUUUAGUACRUGCAGUUAUCUCCCCAGAAACAGGAAAUGUGUUUAAAUGUGUAGUUUUAAAUGCAUAUCAACAUCCAACACUGAUUAUUUCCAGCUAUACUGGUCCAGCUGUGCAGUGAUCUCAGAUUUGCCAGAAACGUUGGCUAACAUUGAGAAAGAUGACUGAGAAAAACUAAAGAAAACUAAACAAAACAAAAAUAUCUGAACCUUCUUUGAUUUGACUGUAUCAUUAGAUCCUCAGUGGUGCCAGCUGGUGCUUUGUAAAGAAUGUUAGCACUUCAUUUAAUGUAAGCAAUUUYAUUUCAUGUCGCUCAUCGUCGGCUAAUAACGGUAAAAGUGAAACAGUAGCGCACCUCAUGCCCUUCUGUAAAUGUGCAAUGUUUGAUAGAACUGUGGCAACUUCAUGUUUUCUAACGGGACUCUUGGCUGAGCUUCUGUAACAGGAGUCUUAUUUAAUGCAUUUUUAAUUAUCUGAUAUAAGCAAAAGGUAAGCAAAGCCAUCUCUAUCAGCGGUAAGAGCUCAUCCGGAGCUCAGGACGUUGUUUUAAAUGCAUUAGUUUAGUGUUUUUAUUAACAUAUGAUCAGAGUUUUAUGGACAUUAUCACUUGUCUUUUUUAUUGUUAUAUUUGUACGUUUUGACCCGAGUCCGGUUGGUCAAAUUUUAAAGUUUAUGUCCCUCAAAUGGAGGAACAAAUGCURCAUUUUGAGUUCCUCUGAAUCAUUUUGUUGUAUGACGGAUGCUGGUCAUGCUUCUACAUUGUGACAGUAUCGGUGUCCACCACAAAGUGCUUUUUYCUGGUUUUCUCUUCAUGCCACAAUUCAUUAAAGUAAAAAAKAAAUAAAUAAUAAAAAAUUGCCAAAUGCAUGAAUGCCUUGAACUUCUACAUUUUGGACAGGGCUGUGGCUCCGCAUACUACCAUGCAUGAGAUUGGAGACAGCGUACCAACAUCGUGGAAACUUCCGAAACUAUUGUAAAACACAUUCCAAUCCCGAGUGGCAUCCCUUUACGUCAGAGACCGUAGAGAUCUUAGACUAAUAUGKGCAUUAGCUGCUAAGCUUCAAUAGACCCGUCAUCUCGUCUGAGGCCUGUAGAAGAAGUCAUUUAGUCAUUUAGAGAAAAUGUAAACUGACUAAAGGCAUGUCACUCUGCUGACUAACGGUCCUGCAGUCCCCUGCAUACUUAAUGCUUGGAGUUUUGGUUGCAUUAUUGGUGGUUCUGGCAGCAUGUGUGGCUGUCUGCUGGAAAUUAAUACUUUGAUAUGAAUGGCAUAUAUGAGGGAUGAAAUUUAAAGCUCYCAUUGACUGGACAAGGAACAAUAAAGGUGUAGUUAACUAUA